AUGCCACGUACAGAGAUCACUGGCGGUCCAUCUCUCCAGAUCGAUGUCGCGAAACCACCAUCGUGGACAUUUACCCAUGGAGAUACUGUGAUCGGCACAGUCAUCCGUCGGACGCCUAUUGUCGCACCCUCGGCCACAGUAACCAUCACUCUUUUCGGACGAACAAAAACAAAAAUCACCGUGAAAAAGAGUAAUGGUCAAAGCACGACGACACAUCACUAUCGCGGCCGCUGGUCUCUCAUUGGUACCGAGAGUACUCAAAUUCUUCAUCAGGGACCCCUGCACCUCGCCCCAGGCCAGGCUAGUGGCAGCAACUAUCUUUCCUGGCCAUUCUCAGUCACAAUCCCCACAAAACCACCCGAUACUCUGGCCCGGGAUCACCCUCAAGAACAGAGCUAUAUCCCCGUGACGAAUCUUGCCAAUCACCAAUCUCCAGGAACAUUCUACUCCAGCGGUCGGAGCGGGAGAACCAGAUCUGAGGCUUUUGUAGAGUACUAUCUUGAAUCCACGCUUCGGUUCAAUCGGGGAGGCUCAAACGAGAGUUUCACGGCCACACUCCCUAUAUCCGUAGCGUCCUUCUCAUCAGGAUCCGAACCUCCCAUCAACCGCGAGCCCCAGCAAGCUAUGUUCUACAGCACGGUCCAGAGCCAGCGAUUGCUACCAGGAAUGGAGAAGGCGGAGUUGACAUUCAAACAGAAAACUCAGAAACUCUUUUCGUCCUCCAAAGUUCCAACAUUUGGAUACAAAGUGGUUGUCCAAGUGCCACGUCAAAUUCAGCUUGGAGACCAAUCUCCAUUCCCCUUUGUGAUACAAUUCCACGCAAACGAAGCCAGCAUCAGCCCCAGUAUUAAAGACACCACUCAAAAGGUUCAACUGGACUGGGUUCGAAUGAUCCUGAAGUCCGACACAGAUCUACUUGCGCCAGGAAAGUUCUCUCACAGCCGUACUCAUACCCAUGACCACUCGCUUAAACAAGAUCUCGGCUUGACUAAGGCUUUCAGUAAUCUCGAGAAUCGGGUAGUGUUCCAAUCGACCGAGGGGAGCCAAAAGGUUGAUAUUGGUGCAAUGUUCCAGCUUAUUCUUCACCCUAGCGCGCUCUGCCUUGGAAACCGGCAGCUUACCGUUGGUCCGAGUAUUUAUCCAGAUUUUGUCACAUAUAACAUCAAACACUUACACUCACUAAUGAUUGAGUUGUCCUUCACUGUUGCCCUUGAAACGAAGGUGCACAAAAUGGAUGUUCCGGUCAGGAUAUUACCGCCAACUCGGUUAGAUCCAAGCCCGCCUGAGUACUCUAAGGGUCAGUAA